AUGUUUGUCCUAACAUCAGCCCAACGUUCAUACGACCUGUUGGCGUUGAAAAUGUUUCAACUUCGAACCAUUCUUUCACGCCACGAGCGUGCAAGGCUAGCAGACGGGGGCUUUUACCCAAUUCGCCAGUUUUCGAUCAACCAAGGGAAAGCAAAAGACCUCAGUCAGCCUGGCACCAAUGCCCCUAAAAAUCGGUCUAUUCCCUCAGUGGCCUCAAGCUCUCGCGCUCCUCCAAGAAAAGCCAACUUUCCGCCGGCAAAUUUGAAUUCUAAACGUCCUGACUCUGACAAACCUCGUCCUCGACGCAUUUUUGACGCAAGGUCGCUCGCAGCCCCUUCAGCUAGUGGACAACAUACGAACAUUCUCAGGAGCACCUCGUUGCGAAAUCCUCGUACUGGACCACCAGUUCGUGCUCGGAGGUCAAGAACACCUGCGAAAUCGUCGGCAUCUAAAACUCGAAAAGGGGGUCGCCCUCAGCGUCAAAAGAACUCGGAAAUUGAAGAAGAAGACAAGAUCCUGAAAUCUCAGAUUGAAAAUGUAUAUCGCCAACUCGCCGAGAAAACAAAGCCAACGCCUAGUUCCUACAAUCCUCAGACACCUGAUUUCUCUAAUCUGAAGGAGACUUGGCCGUCCUUUCCAACGGAUACAACUGCCAGUACCUCUGAGGUUGUUGAAAAACUAUCCUUACUAAGUGACCGCUUCCCCAAUGGUUAUGUCCCACCUUAUGAACUAGGCACGCGGCUCUUUAAGGGACAAUUUGUUCGGUUCCUCGACGAGAAGGAGAAAACAGAGGCUAUAGCAGAGGCGAAGAAACUUUCGCAGCAGAGGGCAGACAGCUAUUCACAGCGGAAAGGUGAUCUAAUAGAACCGGAGGAUGUUAGCUUCACCCCAAUGAGUGCAGAGCGCAGGAAGUCUUUGAUCCAAUCCUUUGUGCAGGGAACUUAUCCUAAACUUAACACCGAACAAGCCGGUAAAUCGCCUAUUCUCAGUGAAGUAUCAAGGAAUCUCAGGAAUAACGUCUCUUAUCAAGAGACCAGGAAGAGCUCUCAAUUCCUUGCCAAGGUGGAAUCACUUCUAGCUUCAGGUCGCCCUGUGAAACGUGUCUAA